AUGGGUGGAGCCGACGAGACGAAAACCGACGCGGCCGAGUUAACAGCGCCAGCAACUGAGGUCAUGGCGAUCUCGGUGUCGAGCCGUAUUCCAGACUUCUGGGUCGAUCAGCCCAGAGUAUGGUUUAUACGCACGGAGGCCGUUUUGACGCCACAGAAGAUAGGCGACGACGCAAAAUUCGACAUGGUAGUCUCAAAACUACCAAAGGAAGUUAUUUUGCGUCUGACGGACUUCCUCACCAAACCACCCGAGACGAAUAAGUACCAGGCCUUGAAGAGCAAGCUGCUAACGACAUUAGAGGACUCCAAGAACAGGCAGAUUGAGAAGGUACUCAGUGAAAUGGAUUUAGGGGACCAGAAACCAUCACACCUGUUAGUUAAGAUGCGAAACCUAGCGAAGGGUAGUUUCCCAGACGACACUCUACGCAUAAUGUGGCAGAACCACCUACCCACAAUAGUGCGGGCGGUAUUAGUUGCUUCCAGAGAGACAGACCUAGACACAUUAGCUAACAUAGCUGACGAGGUAGCAGAAGCAACCAAGACCCACGUUGCGGUGGUAGAGACACCUACACAUAGCGCAGCACGCAGAACUUCGCCAAGGGGUUCCGGAGCAGGCGACACAGCUGUGAUACUGGCAGAGAUUGCCAAGUUAAGCGUUAGAAUGAUGGACCUUGAACGGUCAAGGCCAAGGAUCCGCAACUUCGGAAGGAGAGGCCGUGGAGGCCGGUCAGCAUCCAGGCCAAGGAGCAUUUCGCGCCAUCACAGCAAGGCCAGAAAACCAGAUUGGCUUUGUUACUACCAUUUCCGCUUCGGGACCGCCGCCACCAAGUGUCGUCAACCUUGCGCAUGGACCGAGAGGCAGUCGGAAAACCAGUAG